AUGAAAAGUGGGGGAGGAAGUGGGUGUCAGGGGACGGGAGGGAGGGAGGUACAAAUGCGAAGGGGAAGGCAGCAAUCAAGGCUCAAUCUGCAUAUCCUCUGCCCCCAAUUAGUGUAAGAGGAGUAUAAUAAGUGGUGGCUGACACCUCCCAGUGGAAAAAGGCACAAACAAAGAGGCGUGAAGAGGAAGAGAGGAAGAUCUGUGAUGAUGAUGAAGAGGGUAUACAGAAGGGAAAGGAGGGGAAUCAAUUCACAGUUUCCUGCCUGGAGCCACGCCGUGUCAUCACAUCUGUAUCAAAACUGUCAGCCGCUCUAGGACUACCUGGGCUCAGACGGAGGACGAGAAGAAAGGUGCGAGAGAGGAAGGGAGGAAACAGAGGGAGGGUGAAAGCAGGGGGAGAGAGGAAACGGGGAUCAGGAGGUAAAAGACCUGAAUACACGGAGACGGAGAAGAAAGGGGAACAAAACGCAGGCGGAGGGACGCUUUUGUGA